UUAACUAUAUUAUUAAAACGAAUAGAAUAUAAAUUUGUACAUAUAUGCACAACAUGAAUCAAACAUCAGUACACAUAUGUAAGUAUCUAUGUAGUACAAAUUUUUAAAAAGGCGAUAGAAAGGAAAUAAAUUCAUAUGAAGGAAAAUAUGUAUUUUCUUUUAAAAUUAAUUUAAUUAAUGAAACUAAAUUUACUCGUAAAUAAAUAAUUUAUUUAGUAUUAUUUCGGGAAAUAAAAAUACUUAUGAUGAACAAAGUAUGUCCAAGUUGUAGACAAAUAAUAAAUACAUCGCGUUCAAGACUUGUAAAAGAUAGUUGUGGUCAUAUUAAAUGUCGUAUGUGUUUAAUAUAUGAAGAACAAGGUUGCAAAAUAUGUAUCAAUGAACAUAGUAUUGAAAAUUAUGAAAAAAAAAUAUUAAAUAACGUUUCUACUUCUGAUAAAAGUAAUAUAUGUAAUGAAAUAUUACCUUUGGAAUUAGUUAUUAAUAAAGAUUCCAAACUUAAAGCAAAUAAUUUUGAACCAAUUUCUACUGAUUAUAUAAAUAAUUAUGAAUUAUAUCGAGAAAAUAUAAUUAACAAAACAAAAGAAAUAAAUAAAUCUUCUACAGAUAUUAAAAACAAUGAUACAUUAAAUAAUUUACAUAUUUCAAGUAGAGAAACUAAUAAUGCACUUUUAAAUGUAUAUCCACAUUUAAGUAAUAAUGUAGUAGUAAAAUCAUCAUCUAAUAAUAAAGUAACAGAAAUUUGCAAUGUGGAAAUCAAGACAAAAUUUUCCACAAAAGAAAAAUUAAAAAAUAAAUCUAUAAAAUGUACUGAUCGUGAUCAUAUUACUAUAAUACCAGGAAUACCAGAAAAAUAUAAAUGCAAUAUAUGCACUAAAAUUUUUCAAAACAAGAAAGGAAAAUGUUAUCAUGAUGCUUGUAUAACAGGUGUUAAACCUUAUCAAUGUUCUUUUUGUGACAGAAGUUUCAUAAAAAGAUCACAUUUUGAAUAUCAUGAAAGAAUUCACAAAGGAUAUAGACCAUAUAAGUGUAAUCUUUGUGAGAAAGCAUUUCCACAACAGAAUAAACUUAAUAGACAUAUGUACUCUCAUGGAGAUAAACAAUUUAUGUGUUCUAAAUGUGAUAAAAGAUAUUCCAAACAAGAUGAUUUGAAAAAUCAUUUACAUGUACAUAAUGGAACAACUACAUAUUCUUGUAAAACUUGUGAAAAAACUUUUAGAAUGUUAACUAAUUUAAAACGUCAUCUAAAAACACAUAAUAAUGAAAGACCAUAUGUAUGUGAUCAAUGUAAUAAAAGCUUUAAAGAUAAAUCUUUGGUAAUUCGUCAUAAAAAAACGCAUGGAAAAGAUAGGCCAUUUUCAUGUGCACAUUGUAAUAGAGUAUUUUUAUCUAAAAGUGAAUUAAGACGUCAUUUAACAGUCCAUUCAGAUGAAAAACCAUUUUCUUGUAAAUAUUGUGAAACUGUAUUUAGAAGAAAAGAUAAUUUACAUCGACACAUUAGACAUCAUCAUCCAGAGAGUUUAUCUUUUAAUAUUAAUAAUGAACAAAAUGCAAAUCCUGAAACAAAUACAAAAUUAACAAAAGCUAAACAAAUAAAUUUAAAACAAAAGCAAAAGAUAAAAAAGACACAAAAAAUGGCUUCUAAUCUAUUAACAAAAACACCAACUAAGGUAUCAGUGGUGUGUAUAAGUUCUUGUGACCAAAUCAGUUCUAGAUUAGAUUCAAUGGGUAACAUUACACCUGUUAUAAGAACUACUAAUGAAGUCAGUAAUGCUGUUUCUGUUAUUAAUGGACCAAUUAAUAUUAAAAAGCUAGAUGAUAAGUCUGAUAUCAAAAAAAAGACAUUUACAUAUACAGAACCAAUACCUCUUGCUGAAGCAGUUGUAAUAAAUAAACGUAUUGAAGAAAAGUUAUAUCCACAAAAUAUAUCAAAUCACAAUUAUUUUCUUAGAAAUUGUUUAAAUUGUACAGAUAAAUCAUAUCCUACCCUCACAAAUCAAAUAUCUCAUACAAAUUCUAUCUAAUUUAUGAUAUUCUAUAAACAAAACAAUAUUAUAUUUAAAAGUUUAAUUAAAAUUAUUUAUUUAGAGUAAAAUGA